UGCCUUCGGUAGCACAAGUCAUAGCAAGGCGUUUUCAUAGUGUUAGAUUAGGAAAAGGCGCGUGCAAAAGCUUGUGAUAUAGGUUGAGCUAAUAGUGGCUUCCUAUUGAGCUAUGCAGGUCGAGAAUUGCAUCUCGCCAGCGAGUGAUCUCUCCAAGAAAUUUAUGAAUGUGGGCAGUGGCUUUUCGAGCUCCGAUGGAUCAGAGCUUUCGUUGCAGGACCAUCCUAUUAUAUCUGCAAGUAACAACCUGGAGAGAAGUUCACCUCUGAAAAAAAACUCUAGGGAGAUGACGAAUCAGUCAGAGGCAGACAAUUUUCCCGACUCCAAGGACGCAUCAGGGGACGUCCAGAGGGGCAAACUCUCUCCUGGUCUUCACGGAGUCUCUGACAUCCGUCAUAAUUUCGAUGGAUCUGCAGGAGAAAGGUGCAUCUUUUCUCCAUCCACCCAGCCACAGUCAGUCUCUGCAGCUCCCAGUGCCAUGUUCCCUUAUCCGAGCCAGCAUGGACCAGCGCACCCGGCUUUUUCUAUUGGAAGUCCCAGCCGUUAUAUGGCCCAUCACCCGGUCAUAACUAAUGGAGCUUACAACAGCCUUCUGACCAACACUUCUCCUCAAGGCUACCCGGCAGCGGGCUACCCUUACGCGCAACAGUAUGGACACACUUACCAAGGAGGGGCUUUUUACCAGUUCUCCACGGCGCAAGCAGGACUGGUUCCGGGGAAAGCGCAGGUGUAUCUGUGCAACAGGGCCCUGUGGCUGAAGUUUCACAGACACCAAACAGAGAUGAUCAUCACAAAGCAAGGACGACGAAUGUUCCCAUUUUUAAGCUUCAACAUUUCUGGCCUUGACCCAACUGCUCACUACAAUAUAUUUGUGGAUGUAAUACUUGCUGAUCCGAAUCACUGGCGAUUUCAAGGAGGCAAGUGGGUGCCAUGUGGGAAAGCAGACACAAAUGUAAUAGGAAAUAGGGUUUAUAUGCACCCGGACUCACCAAAUACCGGAGCGCACUGGAUGCGUCAAGAAAUAUCAUUUGGAAAGCUAAAGCUUACAAACAACAAAGGUGCCUCCAACAACACGGGGCAGAUGGUGGUUCUCCAGUCUCUCCACAAGUACCAGCCCAGGCUCCAUGUGGUGGAAGUAAACGAGGAUGGGACAGAGGACACCAGCCAACCAGGAAGAGUCCAGACUUUCACCUUCACAGAAACGCAAUUCAUCGCCGUCACAGCUUACCAGAAUACCGAUAUUACGCAACUGAAAAUCGACCACAAUCCGUUUGCAAAAGGAUUUCGGGACAACUAUGACACUGUCUACACAGGCUGCGACAUCGACCGCCUAACUCCAUCACCGGGUGACUCUCCGCGUUCACAGAUCGUGCCGGGUGCGAGAUAUGCCAUGCCUAGCUCUUUCCUGCAGGACCAAUUUGUCAGCACUUAUGCCAAAUCUCGCUUUCACCCUGGCGUGGGGACUGGUCCUGGCACGGAGCGCAGCGUCCCACUCGGCAACAGCUUGCUGUCCCCGCAGCAAACCGACGAGCCCACUGUUGCCACCCCCCCGCAGCGAUGGUUUGUCACCCCUGCCAACAACCGACUGGACUUUGCUGCCUCGGCAUACGACGCCGCUGAUUUCGCCGGUAACGCGGCCACCUUGCUGUCCUACGCAGCGGCCGGAGUGAAGGCUCUUCCCCUGCCGACUGCAGGCUGCUCCAACCGGCCUCUUGGCUAUUACGCAGACCCGUCAGGCUGGGGAGGACGCACGCCGCCGCAGUACUGUGGCGUAAACAGCAAAUCCAGCUCGGUCUUUUCCUGCUGGCCCGCUAACUCUAUCGGUGGCAGGGCCGGCACCAACUACCUGGCCGAGGAGGGGGACUCCAUCCCGACCGAGAGGUCACCCAUCGGCGGCUCGGAGGAGGCCAAACCCAAAGACAUGACAUCAGAGUCGAGCUGGAUAGAGACCCCGUCCUCCAUUAAGUCCAUUGAUUCGAGUGAUUCUGGUAUCUUUGAACAGGCCAAGAGGAGGAGAAUCUCACCUUCUGCCACGCCGGUUUCAGAGACAGUGUCCCCGUUAAAAUCUGAGCUGCUGGCACCGAGAGAGUGUGAGAAGAACUGCACAAAGGACAUUGGUUAUUACAGUUUCUAUCCUCACAGUUAAAACAACGAAAAAGAAAAUCUAUCUAUCUAUCUAUCUAUCUAUCUAUCUAUCUAUCUAUCUAUCUAUCUAUCUAUCUA